ACAAGGAGCUACAGCCUGACCUUUCAAGCACUGCAAACAAACCAAGUUUCUCGAGCAAGUUUAUAUCUCAUUCAUCCCGUUGCUUCACUGACCGCCAGGAACAUUGCAAUGAUGUUCGAACAUAUUUAUGGUGUGGCCUCAUUUCUCGUGAUGCUGAUCGUACUGCUCUGUGUUUUCAAAAUGUACUUGGCUCUUACAGCAACCCGCCGUGAGCACAGAGCUUUCCUCGUAGAGAGCGCGACAAGGGAAGAACAACAAAGAGUAAACAGAGCACAGAGACUGGAAAUUGAAGGGGAUAGAAGGAGCAAUGCAGAAGAAGGAAUACCAAGACGGUUCGAGCGUCGGCGUCUGCCAGUGCAACAUGAUGAACGACGGUGUCUUGGAGUAAGUAUAAGAUUAAUUAACUCUUUUUAUGAUUGACUUUAAAUUAAAGCCGGCUCUCGUCAGUUUCUUCGGGGGACUGAUAUUUAAUGAGGGAUCGUGGAUUUAGGAGGCGCAUGCAGUUUACUACAUAAAAGGAAGGGUCUCUGAGCAUGUCUUAACUGCAAGUAGUGUUUGUAUCGGGAAGUCUUUCCUGUUUUCUCCUUUAGAAAGAUUGUAAUAAAACAGUUGUGGUAUUUUACCAGUGACAACAUAAACCUAAUUGCACUAACGUUGUCAAAAAGUCCAAGAAAAAACCAAAAGAAAAAAGUAAAAUAGGUUUGGAUUAAGUUAGACAUGUACAUUUGACACCAUUUAACAUCAGCUGAGUUGGGAAAAGGUAAACUGGCCUCUGUAAAGAUGUUUUUUGCUUCGUUCUUUCGUCCUCAGUGUAGUGAGCGUGCCUAAUUUAUUCUUAUGAUUUGCUUUUAAGAACAAAGUAGGAUGAAACCUUUAAAUCUGAUAACUUUUGCAAUUCAAGCGAUAUCAAGUUAAUAAAACUCUUGGUUUAUAGUCAGAGUGAGCUUCCGACUAAGAUUAAUUUACUGAAAAUCGGAUGGGUAUUUUCUUCACAAGUCAACCUUUUAUUCGGAAAAUGUGUCUUUUAGUUUGUUUUACUUUUUAAAAAUAGUUUACUCAAUUUUAUUCCUAAAUUUUUAAUAAGUGAUAUUACUUCUAUGCCAGGUGCCAUCUUGCUCAGCUGCCAGGGCAGGAUUCCGGACGGACUCUAUGCAAAUGUCACAUAUUAACUAA